GGUAACUACUGAGAGGCAUAUUUGUAUAUAGAACUUUUGUUUUCCAUCCACUGCUAAGAAGAUUAAUUUCACCAAUUUGAGAGAGAGAGAGAGAGAAGAUCAGAAAUAUGGCUGAAGGAGUUGUCACAGUUGUGGCUGAAGGGAUCAAGCCUCUGGGAGAUUUCAUCAUUCAGCAAGCGAAGUUCUUGAGCGGAGUCAGCUAUCAAGUUGAGCUUGCACAAGUUGAACUUCACUUGAUCCGCGGCUUCCUCAGAGAUGCAGAUAAAAGACAAGGAGAAGAAGAGGUAGUCCGCAUUUGGGUUAAACUGAUUAGAGAUGCUGCUUAUGACUUGGAGGAUGUCACUGAAUCUUUUGCAUUGAAAGUGGCUUCCAGGAGGAGAGGAGGUACUGUGAAGAUUGUUCUCAAAAAGUUUGCCUGCAUCUUUAAUGAAGGACUUGAUCGAUACAAGAUUGGGUCUGAAAUUGAGGAUAUUAUGACCAAACUUUCUCAUCUGAGGUCGAGUUUGCAAAGUUAUGACAUCAGGCAAAUAAAAGGGGUUGAAAGUGUGGCUUCAGUUUUCAAGGGGCAACGAGAUAGGAGGCUAACUUAUGGUCAUGAAGUUGAAAGUCAUAUUGUUGGGUUGAAGGAAAACACGGACACGCUGGUCAAAGAGUUGCUAAGAGAAGGAAAGCGACACCGUGUUGUUUCUAUUUGGGGGAUGGGCGGCUCCGGAAAAACUACUCUUGCGAAACAGGUUUUUCUUCAAGAUGAAGUUAAGCGUCAUUUUGAUUGUUCUGCUUGGAUCUGUAUAUCUCAACAAUGUGAAGGAAGAGAUGUUUUGGAAGAGAUUUUCAUUAAACUCAGUUCCCCAACACAAGAGCAAAGGAAAGAAAUUGCCAAGAUGAGAAAGGAUGAAAUAGCAGAGAAGGUUUGUAGUAUCCAACGAGAAAAGAGAAGUCUGGUGGUCCUUGAUGACAUAUGGACUCACGAGGCUUGGGAUUCCAUAAAAGCUGGAUUCCCAAUCAACGAGGAAACAGAAAGCCGGAUAUUACUCACCACUCGUAAGAAAGAAGUUGCCUCGUUUGUAUCCAGAAAUGAUUUUCUCCACCAACCUCAACCUCUAGAUGACAAGCAAAGCUGGGAACUGUUUGAAAAGAUUGCGAUAUGUAGAAGAGAGGAAACAGACCAGGAAAUUUAUGCAAAGAAGAGAGAAUUAGGAAAGAAGAUGCUCGAUCGUUGUUCAGGUUUUCCAUUAGCCAUCAGUGUGCUCGCUGGUCUUUUAAGUAGAAGAGAGACAGAUGCUGAAUGGGAAACUGUACUUGGAAGUGUUGAUGCAUACAUAAUGAGAGGCUCAAAUGUACUUGAAAGAGAAAACACCGGUCAAGAAUAUGGUGUAUCGGGUGUCUUGGCAUUGAGUUAUGAUGACUUACCAUCUCACUUAAAACUCUGUUUUCUAUACUUAGCCCAUUUUCCUGAGGAUCAUGAGAUACCGGUAAAAAGAUUGACUCAAUUAUGGAUUGCAGAAGGUUUUAUAACUUCAACGUCAGAAAUGGAUGUCUCAGUGGAAAUAUUGGAAGAAGUAUCGUAUAGUUGCCUAGUUGAAUUGGUGGAAAGAUCUAUGAUUCAAGUUGCAGAAUAUGGUUUAAGCGGGAAGGUGAAAACUUGCCGUCUCCAUGAUCUUAUGCGAGACUUGUGCUUGCAAAAGGCAGAAGAGGAGAAUUUUCUCCGAAUUAUUAAUUUUUCUGCGGGUCUGGUACAUAAGACAGCACUAAUUGGUAAGGUUCGAAGACUUGCCAUCUACUUGGAUGAAAAUGUUAAAUAUGAGUUGAGUGGUAAGGUUAGAAGAGAUGGCCACGUUAGGUCUCUAUUAUACUUUGCCCCAAAAAAUUUCGACCAAAACUGGAACAAAAGAAUAAUGCGGUCAGUAUUCAAUGACUUCAAAUUGCUUAGAGUUCUUAAGUUUGAAAACAUAUACAGAGAUUUUGACUUGCCAAAGACGAUUGGGAGUCUAGUCCACCUGAGGCUUCUAAGUCUGAAGGAUAGUGCAUUUCGUGCGUUGCCAUCAUCUGUAUAUAAUCUGGUACUUUUGCAGACUCUAGAUCUUCGUGGUUUUGCUUUAUUUCCUUUUUGGUUUGGUCGGGACAGGGUGACCAAAAUCAGAAAUGUGUUUUGGAAUAUGGAGCAACUGAGGCAUUUAUAUUUACCUGCUGAGCACUCUGUAUGUGGUAAGAAACUAUCAUUAGCACCGCUGUGCAAUUUGCAGACGUUGGUCAAUGUUUCAAUCAAGAAUUGUGAUUUGAAUGAUCUUGUUCAAUUAACCAAUCUGAAGAAACUAUGCAUAACUGCAUCACAGUCUAGUGACUUGCAAAAGUUGAAGGACAUGUUGAUAUCAAGAAGCAUCACAUUUAAACAUCUUCGGUCGCUAUCUCUGACGGCAGGCGGACAUGUUAAUGAGGAUAUACCAAGAGAUAUAGUUUUAAGGUGUCCUCAUUUAUGCAAGCUGCUCUUGAGGGGGAAAAUGACAGAGUUACCGGAAGAGCUCCUGGACUAUGCAAACCUCACCAAGAUAACAUUGAUUACAACAAAUCUGAAGGUUGGCCAGAUAGAAAUAGUGGAGAAGCUGCCCAAGUUAAGGGUGCUUUACCUCGGUUUUGAUUCUUUCGAAUCAGAAACAAUGGUUUUCUCCCAAGGAGGCUUUCCUCAUCUGGAAUUUCUUACCCUUUAUUCUUUGUAUAAAUUGAAGGAGUGGAGGUUGGAGAAAGAAGCCAUGCGUAGUCUUCAAAGAUUGCGCAUUGAAUGGUGCCGAGAAUUGCGGGCAGUUCCAGAUGGGCUUCAGGAGAUUACUACCCUCAAGGAAUUAACAAUUAACGGGAUGCCCAGUACAUUCUGCAGUAGAGUUGAGGAAGGAGGGGAGGAUUUCUACAAAAUCAAACAUGUGCCUUCUCUUAUAAUCACAAAUGCCUGGGGCAAGAAGAAAGACAAGGAGCCAGAAAUGGAGGAAGCAGCAGGUGCGUCUCAACUAGUUGCGGGUCCAGCCGGUGACUCUCAUCGGGAAUCAACUGUGGAUGCUCCUCCUCCUCCUCCUCCUGAUGAGAAAACAGAGGAAAUACAAGCUUCAUCCACUCCUUAGUGAAAUCCACAAGUUCGACUCGGUUGCUCCGCUUGACCACAUAUAUCAUACUGAAUCGGAAUCUUUAUCACUUGCUGCAGCCUAAUUACAACCGACGUGAACAAGGCUAGAGGCUUCAUUUUGAUUACUUGCACAGGUGUACUUAUGAUGGCCAAUCCCAUACGGCCCUUCUUUAAUUCUCCAUUGCCUCUCUUUCUUCUUCCGCCGCAACAGCAUGAGCUGCUUUCUUCCCCCAGUCCCCCGCCGCUUUACACGGACCAGUCACACACACAGUUAUGUUUACAUUGUAAUUUGAUAUCCAAGUCUACAUUCUAUGGGCUGUUUUCUUCCGCGGCAGCUGCUGUGACUUAUGUGCCAGGUU